AUGAGUCAAUAUUAUAAUACAUAUUUUAUUACAGCAACUUCAGCUCCUGUCGAAAGUUAUUUCAGUGAUUUGAAACGAGAGCUAACCAAAGCUUUAACCCCAGACAGAUUUGUUGCUUCUCAUAUAAAAAGUAUAGAAGGUUUUAUGAAAAUUUGCAGAAGUAAUCAAAUACAAAAUAUGAAUACUAUAACACCACCAAGCAUAGGAUCCCCAAAACAAAAAGUUGAAAAAAAUGACGACUGUAAACUAAAUACAAACGUUUUAACAUGUAUCGAUGACGUUGUUAGUGAUUCAUAUACUUACGGCUCUAGUAGUGCAUUAAGUGAAUCUGAUGACAACGCACAGUAUGAAAACUGGAAGAACUUGGCCUAUAAACCUUUUCAUGAUGAUACAAAAAAAACAAAAACUAAGAGAUGGAUAAAAUAUAAAGAAAGUUGUCAAGAUAUAAAGCGUUUGCUAAACAAAUCAGGCCUAAGAUCAACCACUCAGCCACUAAUAAUAAAUGGAAAUUUAUGCAAACCCGUUAAAAUUAAUAAAAAUAAAGUUAUUAUAUAUAAUACAUGUCCAUUUGAUGCAUUGUUGGCUUGCGUGGUUGUUGGAUACAUUGAAUUUAAUCAAUACAGAGAAUGUGUUAAUGAAGUAGCUAAAAGUUAUUCGUUUUUUAAUGUAUGCAAAGAAGUUGCAAAUUAUAGAGCUACUGACUCUAUUUACGAAGAAAGAGGAAAAAUUCUGUGGGAAAUAUUUCAACAAAAAAAUGUAAUUGUUGACAAUAUUCAAUCAUUACAUACUGAAUGUAACGUAACCUAUUUAUCCGAGAAACUAUUGAAAAUUAUGCCCAGUGUUUCCGAGAAACAUGUUUGUGAUUCUUGUAAUGUGACAAAAUCAUUUAACAAUGUGUUGGUAAUUCUCGAGAUGGAAGACCGGAAUAAUAUUAAAACUCAUGGGUUCAAGAAACUUCAAGAUGCAAUGAAGAACUAUUCUAAUACUAAGUUUGAUACAUGUAGAACAUGCUAA